CUACAAUCAACAUCGUCAUCAACACCACAGUCGAGCACACGACAACGCCACCACUGCUCGAUGCACUCUUUCCAUAAAACCUCCGUAGCCUAGUACCAAACUCCCUACCCACCUCUAUCAUGGCGUCGCGGAAAGAUGCCCACCUCUACGGCCAACGCCCCAAGUCCCGUACCAAAGCCAAAGAGAUAUCAAGCUCCAGCACAAUCGCCUUUUCCUCCACCCUAUCCUCACUAAUCAAGUCCGCAUCCUCCGAUACGAACCGUUCCGGUACAACAACUGCAGGCCGCCCGAGGUCCAAGAAGGAAGACAUUUUCACAUCCCACAACAAGAACGUCAAAAAGCGCGCGCUCAAAGACCUCGAGGAGUCGGACUUUACCCAGCAAAAGCACCGGGGUCGGACUGCCGAAGAAAAGCAAGACGAUGACGCGAACUGGCGACGCAUGAAGCGGCGCAUGGAAGAGAAGGCACGGCUAUACGACGCGCUCAAGCGCGGCGAUGUGGAAGAUGUUGACGACAAGUACGGCGUGGAUUUCGAUCGCAAGUGGGCGGAGGCGCAGGAGAAAGGCAUACCGGAGGAGGAAAUCCACACAUCGUCAGAAUCGGAGGCGUCCGAGGAGGAACUCAUCGAAUACGUGGACGAGUUUGGUCGAUCGAGGAAGGGAACCCGCGCGGAGGUCGCGCGAGAGGAGCGGAGGAAGAAGACGCUGGCUGCGGAUGAGCCGGACAGGUUCACCGCGCGGCCUAGUAUGCCGACGAACAUCAUCUAUGGAGAUGCUGUGCAAUCGUCUGCCUUCAAUCCAGACGAGACAAUCGCACAGCAGAUGGCCGAUCUCGCGGCUAAGCGCGACAAAACGCCCACGCCACCACCGGACACGCACUUUGACGGAAAGGAGGAGAUGCGGCAGAGAGGUACCGGAUUCUUCCAUUUCUCCAAGGAUGAGGAGGAGAGAAAGGCGCAGAUGGCGAGAUUGGAGAAGGAGAGAGAGGAUACGGAACGUGCGAGGGAAGCGAGGAAGAAGCAGGUGGAGGAGCGGAAGAAGCUCGUCGAGGAGAAGAGGAAGAAAAUGCGGGAAAAGAGAAACGUGGUCAAGGCCGAUAAAUUCCUAGAUGCGCUUGGAGCAGAGCUGUUUGGUGAAGCAAGUGAGAGCAAGACAGAGACAGAGUCCAAAGAUGUGGAGGGGAGGUCCGAAACGAAGGACGAUGAAGCAUGAUACCCAUACCAUACCAACGUGUUCGAUAGAGACAUUGGAAAGUAACAAUUGUAUAUACUGUUUAUGAUACC